ACUCGCGUCGGUUCAGUGGUUCUGCUUCCACAUUGACCACAUACAGUCAGUCAGCGAACCGCAGGUGUGAGUUUACAGUACCGCAUGUUCCCAGCUCACCACCCCGGACUUCAAACUUACCCUUUCUUUAAGUGUUUAUAAUAUUUUCACCAUGUUGUGGACGGCGAACACGAUCAUAAGGAAAUUCUCCUCGAGCUCUGCUUACUACCAAAAUAAGCUGAAGCUGGCUCUGAUUGGCCAGAGCUUGUUUGGACAGGAAGUCUACACAAACCUUCGCAAGCAGGGCCAUAAAGUUGUGGGUGUAUUCACAGUUCCUGAUAAGGAUGGCAAGGCGGACCCCCUGGCGGUGGUGGCGGAGAAGGACGGGACGCCGGUGUUUAAGUUCCCACGGUGGCGUUUGAAGGGUAAGCCCAUCCCAGAGGUGGUGGAGGCGUACAAAGCGGUGGGCGCCGAGCUGAACGUCAUGCCCUUCUGCUCCCAGUUCAUCCCUAUGAAUGUGAUCGACUUCCCCAAACACGGCUCCAUCAUUUAUCACCCCUCCAUCCUGCCUAGACACAGAGGAGCCUCUGCCAUUAACUGGACACUAAUCGAAGGUGAUAAGAAAGCAGGAUUUAGUAUAUUCUGGGCUGAUGAUGGUUUGGACACCGGCCCCAUCCUGCUUCAAAAGGAAUGUCCAGUAGAGCCCAACGACACAGUGGACACACUUUAUAACCGCUUUCUGUUUCCAGAGGGCAUCAAGGCUAUGGUCGAAGCUGUACAGCUCAUUGCAGACGGCAAAGCUCCAAAGAUCCCUCAGUCUGAAGAAGGAGCCAGCUAUGAGGGAAUCCAAAAGAAAUCCAAUGCUAAGGUGAAUAUGGCUCAGCCAGCAGAGGUCAUCCAUAACUGGAUCCGUGGUCAUGAUAAAGUUCCGGGUGCCUGGAUUGUCAUUGAUGGAAAGCCAGUAACGCUGUACAGCUCAUCGAUGCUGAGCGGGUCAGUUCCCGCAGGUCAGCCAAUCGAAGUGGAAGGGGCGUCUCAGCCUGGACUCAUUGCCAAAUCUGGGCUUAUACUGUUUGGGUCUGAUGGAAAAGCGCUCCAAGUGAAGAACCUGCAGUUCGAAGAUCGAAAGAUGAUUCCUGCAUCCAAAUACUUCUCUUCAGAUGAGGCUGCCAGUUUGGAUCUCACAGACGAUGAGAAGAAAAUGGCAGAGGAAAUCAGGGCGAUCUGGAAAGGUAUUCUGAGUAAUGUUCCAGUUAUUGAUGACACAACCGAUUUCUUUAAGUCUGGAGCUGCUUCCAUGGAUGUAGUCAGAUUGGUAGAGGAGGUGAAGCAGAAAUGCGGAGGAGUUCAGCUUCAGAAUGAAGAUGUCUACAUGGCCACCACCUUCCAGAUCUUCGUCCAGAUGUUCGUCCGCCGCCUACGAGGAGAAGACCAGGAGGAGGAGCUAGUCAUCGACUACGUGACAAAAGACGUCAAUAACAUGACAGUGAAGAUGCCACAUCAGUGUUUCAUCAACGGCAACUUCGAAGAUGCCGAAGAUGGAAAGACAUACAACACGGUGAACCCAACAGACGGUUCGGUGAUCUGUAAGGUGUCAUAUGCAUCCGUGGCAGAUGUGGACAGAGCAGUUAGUGCAGCCAAAGAGGCUUUCGACAACGGACCUUGGGGUAAGAUGAACCCUCGUGACCGUGGACGGCUCCUCUACCGUUUGGCUGACCUGAUGGAGGAACACCAGGAGGAGCUGGCAACUAUUGAGACCAUUGACUCUGGUGCCGUUUAUACUCUGGCCUUGAAGACACACGUUGGCAUGUCCAUUCAGACGUUCAGAUACUUUGCUGGCUGGUGCGACAAGAUCCAGGGUUCAACGAUACCCAUCAAUCAGGCCAGACCCAAUCGCAACCUCACCUUUACAAAGAAAGAGCCUCUGGGUGUGUGUGCCAUAGUGAUUCCUUGGAAUUACCCACUUAUGAUGUUGGCAUGGAAGAGUGCAGCCUGUCUGGCGGCGGGAAACACACUCGUCUUGAAACCUGCUCAGGUAACUCCACUAACUGCGCUGAAGUUUGCGGAGUUGACAGUCAAAGCUGGCAUUCCCAAAGGAGUCAUCAACAUUGUACCGGGAUCAGGUGGUCUGGUGGGCCAGAGGAUGUCUGAUCACCCUGAUAUCCGUAAGCUGGGUUUCACAGGUUCUACUCCCAUAGGCAAACAAAUCAUGAAAAGUUGUGCGGUCAGUAACCUGAAGAAGGUUUCUCUGGAGCUGGGAGGUAAAUCUCCCCUCAUCAUCUUCAGCGACUGCGACAUGGACAAAGCAGUGAGAAUGGGCAUGAGCUCGGUCUACUUCAACAAGGGAGAAAACUGCAUUGCUGCAGGCCGGCUGUUUGUUGAGGAGUCCAUUCAUGACGAGUACAUCAGGAGAGUGGUUGAGGAAAUCAAGAAGAUGAAGAUUGGAGAUCCGUUGGAUCGCUCCACAGAUCACGGACCUCAGAACCACAAGGCUCACCUGGACAAGCUGGUGGAGUACUGUGAGCUCGGCGUGAAGGAGGGGGCUACGCUUGUGUACGGCGGGAGGCAGGUGGACAGACAAGGCUUUUUUAUGGAGCCCACAGUCUUCACAGAUGUAGAGGACCACAUGUUCAUCGCCAAAGAGGAAUCCUUUGGCCCUGUUAUGGUGGUAUCCAAAUUCAAAGAUGGUGAUGUAGAUGGGGUUCUGAGCAGAGCCAAUAACACAGAGUUCGGCCUGGCCUCCGGAGUCUUCACCCGGGACAUCAACAAGGCCAUGUACGUGAGCGAGAGACUGGAGGCGGGAACCGUGUUCAUCAACACCUACAACAAAACCGAUGUGGCGGCUCCCUUUGGAGGCUUCAAACAGUCCGGGUUUGGGAAAGAUCUUGGUGAAGAAGCCCUGCACGAGUACCUGCGGACUAAAGCUGUGACAGUGGAGUAUUGAAUGAAAAAGACUGCAUGGCCCGUGACUGCAGCCUGAAGCGACCAGAUAGGAAAAGCAUUUCCUGCCAUGACUACACUGAUGUGCCUACAUUUUUUAAUCCCCCUUUUUUUCCCCGGAGCUGUUUGGAGUGGGACAGAUCCUGACUCAGCAGUCUACACUGGCUAACAAUGUUUUUU